AUGGAGUCUGGAGGUUCGCUGAAGGCAUACAAUUCGAAGUACUGGGAAACUUACAAUGAGAUCCUCGACUGCCCUACCAAUCUGGCGAUUACUCAAUACAAGCAUGGUCUCCCAGUUGGACAUAGGCUACGAGACUCGCUUACAAUGCACCAACCCGCAACCAUGGAAUCCUUAAUACAACGGAUCAACGAACAUAUCCAUGUGGAGGAUGAUGCCGCUACCGAGAAGGCUAAUCCGGUCGUGGCGGACAGAAAAAUGGCGGGGAAGGUUCACUCGGUGGGGCAGGAGGACAACCGGCCAAACGACCGAUCAAAAGAUCAACGUCGUGGCUCAAACCGCGAUGAUAGAAACAAAGGUCGUAGAAAUGACCAAGCUAACACUCCCUAUGACGAAGAUGAAGAUGCCAAGAGAAAAUUGAAAGCGCGGACUGGUAUCACCACGGUCUUUAAAAUCCCUAUUUUCCGCAUCUUGAGUGAAAUCCGAGGUGAACCUUUCGUUCGUUGGGCGGCCAAGUUGGGGAGUACACAGAGAGGCUUCAACUCAAGAUAUCGCUGCACCUUCCAUGAGAAACGGGGGCACUGA